AAGAUUUAGAAAUAAAUCGACAGAAAGCAAAAGAUAAUGUCACAAAAGCUCAGGAAAAUCAAAAGAGGCUGCAUGAUUUGAAAAUAAAGAAACCCAUAGAAUAUCAAAUAAGAGACAAAGUCCUAUUGUACAAAGCUGCAAAAGAAAAGACUUAG